AUCUCGCUCGUCUCCGAGGAUACAGGGGGGGGGCAAUGUUGAUUUGAGUGAAUUCCCGUCGUUGACGGACCCCGCCGAUGUUUAAUUUUUAAAGCUGGCUUCGCGGACGGAAAGUGGAGAGCUCUCGCUUAAGAACAUAGCACCCCCGCCGUCGGCGUCGCUGUUUUUCGGGCUGGGGGAGAGGCGGGGAGCCGGGGGGCCUCGCUUGGAGGGGGCUGCAAGGAGGGACAGGAGAAGACUGGAUCCUCCGUGUUCAGGCCAAGUGCGCCGAGGUCGGCCUGACAGUGAAGCCCCAGCUACCGACUUACCACAGCCGUAGCUCACCGUGGAUUUGAGCUCGAUAUCUGUCGCCGGUUGUUGAUGACCGUGCAGCGGGUGAGCCCACCUUUCUACCCCGUCUCUGCGCGGCACCGCAUCAGCAGCUGUCAGGUUGCUGAAGAUCAAGCCCUCAGAUUCAACGCCUGGUAACGGGUACAGCCGGAUUUAAGAAACACCGGUUCGACCUAAUCGAGCUACGACCGGCUUGAGACGGCUGCAGGGCGGCCACAAAGCCACGGAUCUCCCGUUGACAGGUUGUCAUAAUGGGCAACGCGCCCACGGCUAGAAAGGGCAGCGAGAUGGAAAGCGUCAAAGAGUUCCUUGCUAAAGCCAAAGAGGACUUUCUCAAGAAGUGGGAGAACCCUGCACAGAACACUGCUUCCCUGGAGCAGUUUGAGAGGUUGAAAACCCUGGGCACGGGCUCUUUCGGCCGUGUGAUGCUGGUGAGGCACAAAGAAACGGGACAGCACUACGCCAUGAAGAUCCUCAACAAGCAGAAG